GAAGAAGAGCUCCAACCACUCUCAGGUCAGGACAGAAAUGCAGGGCGAUGAGGCCAGGAUUUUGCUAGGAUUUUCCCCGGAUUCUCGCCCAACACUCCCUCAGAUUAAGGCAGCUUACAGGAAGAAAGUAUGGGAGUCUCAUCCUGACCUGUUUCCAGCUCACGAGAAGUCUCAGGCAGAGUCAAAGUUCAAAUUGAUUUCGGAAGCAUACACUUGCCUGCUCCCUGGUAAUUCUCCUUUUUCAGUGUAUACUAUUAGAAAAUUAAGAGUACUUCAUUGUGUCAUGGUUUGCAAACUCUCAAAUGGCCUAUACAGGAAUCAGAUAAUGCAUUUGUUUUAACAUUUUUAUUUUUUUUGGAAAAUAAGUUUGUGUUAUUGAGAAUGACUGGAACUCAUUGUUCCACUAUCCACUUUAUGUUGCUGCAUACUUCCUCAAUCAAUCAUAUCAAUACUGUUCAAAUUUUAAAAUGGUAUGGGAAUAGUGAGUUUAUCCUUUUUCUCUUUAGUUAAAUCUUCCAAUCUGCCACUCUUAAUUUCAUGUUUCCUUCAUACUACUGAAGAAUCAUGAAGUAAUAUGUGGUCUAAAUGAGUGCAUCAUUCGACUAGAAGCAAACAAUGGAAAAAGGAUUUCAUCAUCAAUGCAGAUACCUGAUUUUGCACAAAAGCUGAUUUUGGCACUGAUUUAGCAAUAAGUACCUGAAGCGAACUUGAUCCAGUAGCUGCAUGGUGGCAAUAACAUGGAAUAAAGUGCUUAGAGCUACAAAGGAUUGCCAUAUGAAUUCUAAGCCAGACAUGGUCAUUACUUGAGUGUGAGCAUACCUGUAGUAUUUAUGAUGAAGUUCACAGUAUUUAUGAUGAAGUUCACAGUAUUUAUGAUGAAGUUCACAGCAGAAGGCACAACUGUUUAUCUCAAAAGAGGUGGCAUGGUUAUACCGAUGAUCAUGACAACUUGCAAUUGAGAGAAUGCCAAAUUGGAAGAAAGCCUGAUGAAGUUGAUUUCCUUUGAUAGUGCCAUGUUAGAAAACAUAUUGGAUGACUGGCUUGUGGAGUCAGAGGAGUCAGAGAAACAAGCCAUGCAAGAAAAUGAGGAGAUUAUUUACAAUGAUGUGGAACAUUUGUGGGAGACAAUAUGGAUGAACAUGAGAAUGAAGAAAGAGGACCUUCAGAAAUGGUCAUAACCAAUUUUGUUGAACCUUUGGAUAUUAAUCCUGCUGCUGGAGCUGUUACCACUGAUAGUCUUGAUUUUUUUGAUGAUGAUCUAACAGAUUAAUAAUUGAUCUCUAUGUGGCUCAUCAAACUCGGAGUAAGCUGUGAAAUACCCAUAUAUGAUAAUUGGUUUAUUGAUGGGAAAGUAAUUUCUUGUUGUCAAAGACAACAAUUUACCUUGUACUCUCUUUAAGUUUCGUGUGCGAUAUAUAAUAAUGCUAUUUAUAUUUUCUCUAUUGACCUGGUUGUAUUUUGGUUUCUCUUCUUCUCUGUUGAUGCAAAUUCUUUUGUAGGUAAGGUAUUUGUCUGGUGGCUGGGACAGAAUGAAUUCUAUCUAGCCCAUGCUCUCUCUAUUAAUUAUACUUCUUUUUUAGUCUUUUUUUCAUGGAUGUCAUGUUUACCUUCAUGGAAUACACAAAAUGAUUUUAGGUGGGAUUGAGUUUGCAAACCAUGAUCACAGUCUAUCUGUCUUUGUUUUUUGCUUAUGACUUGACAUGCUUUGUUAUGAUGGGAAAGAUUGAAAUGAGAAUCUCUUGUUUGCGUGCUACUAAAUCUCCAUGUAAUUAUCAUUGCAGGUGCAGGGCGAGAAGGUUCAGCUUCAGCUACAUAUGCACAUGUUGUCAGAACAGGAGUACCAAAGGCUAGUGGAGGAAGAAGAAAUCAUGCUUUGAUUAGAGUUCCUUUCCUUCUCCUUGUUCUGGGAACGGUAGGACUUGGGGGAUUGAUUGCCACCAGAGCUUAUAGAAAGCAAAAGGAGGCAAAUCCUUCUCACAACCCAUUUCUUCCCUGACUUGUACAUACGCAAGGGCUGAAAAAAUGUUUGAUGCAAUUUCAUUAUGAGAGGUUGGGUAAAUUUUCGGCCACAUUUUUUGUGUUAUGCCAAUCAUCCCAUAAGUAAGAAAAAAAUUUGUCAUGUCCUGUUCAUUUAUUGUUAAGAGUCAUAAGUAUCCUUCAUUAUGAACAUUUAUUGCUUUUAUUAUUAUUCUUUAAUAUUCAGCAACCAUACUGAGCUAUGUGUUGUCUAAUGGAAGUUAUUUGCAUUCUCCUGAAUGGUAUCAAGUGUUAUGAGUUGUCACCGAAAAAAGAAAAAGUAUCAUGCAUU